AUGAGCGAAAGUGUAGAAGAAGCUCGAGAUGCUCAGUGUGCUACCAAUUUUCGAGCGUUUGAUGAUAUUCGAGCUUGGAGCAAAGCAGUCGUGCCUUGGUCCGACUUUUUCCGCUUUUCACAGUUUGCUUUACCACGUUGUAUCCACGGAUAUAUUAAACGUGUGAAGAAAAAUCUUAGUCGAUUUCUGGCAAAUUAUGCAGUUAUUAGCGUCAUCGUAUUGCUUUGCUGCAUUAUAACAUCAUUUUGGCUCAUGGUUUCUUGUAUUGUGCUUGGAAUAUUUGUAUAUGCUAUCUACAGGAAAACGAAAUAUGGGCCUAUUAGAGUAGGCACUGAGGAGAUUCCUACGUGGAUUUUGCAUAUUGCAGCAAUUUUUAUAACUUUACCACUGUUCAUCUACGCUGGUGUUGGAUAUAUACUUUACUGUGCAAUAGGUUUGUUAUGUAUUCAAAUUUUACACAUUAAUGUAUUCAGUGAAAUACGCUAUCUACCUGAAGAAAACAUAGAAAUAGUCACAGAAUUGAAUAAUCAACCACGUUUAGAAAAUGAUAAACCACGUAUAGGAAAUGAUAAACCACGUUUAGGAACUGUUGAAGUACUGGAAUCAACUUCAAGUACUAAUAGUUUUUCUCCCAAAACUCGAGUGAGAUUCAGUGAUGAUAGUAGUAGUACUGAUCAUUGA